CGGCGGACGGCGAAGUUUCCACGAUAACAGAGCUUCUCAAUUUGAACACUUUUACAACGUUUUUAGCUAUAACUUAGGCAUUCAGUUAUGCCCGUCGAACUGCCAUAGAUAUUUUAAGGAGAACAAACCUUUCUCGUUCAUCUGUCGACAUGAAGUGUUUAAAACUGGAUGAAUAUAUAAAAAGGACCGCCUCCACCAAAGAAACGGAACUUUUGCGACUUGAACUACAGGAGUAUGUGACAGGUCAGCCAGGGCUCCAGGGGCGGACUCUCUGUGACCGUGUGGUCCGUGCAUGUAACCACCAUCUCGGGGUUAGUCCUUCAGACCGGGCCCAUGUGGUGGAGUUGGUGAGGCUGGUGAAGGUGGCUGUGGAUGGCUAUGACAGAACAGGGCUCAGUGUGGCUCAGAGCAGUGCGUUUUACAUGGAGAAGAUCAUUUUCCAUAUCCUGAAGAAGCUGAGCGCUCUGGAGGUCCACGGUCUGCUCAGUGACGUGGCCGAGCUGCUCCACACCAGGCUUUUGGGAGCAGAGCAGUGUGAAGACCACAAGACUCUGGCUUGGAGCAGUUUCUCUGUUCUGUGGAAUGGACUCUCUGCCUCCAAAGACAAAACCACUCUGACCCCACGGGACAAACUGCACUGCCAACUCCAGGCUCUGAGCUUCCUCCUUUUAUUAGACCCAGAAAGUGACAACUCUUCACCACUGAAAGCUCCAGUUUACGCCCAAGAUGCGAUUGGACAAUUUGAAAACAACCGUUCACUGACAAAGGAGGACUCAAUCUUUUUGUCAGAGGAAAUACACAAGUGUUUUUCAAAAUUUUGGACAACUGGAAAAGCUGUGGAUGAAAGCGGCGAUAACCAGCAUAGAGAGAAAUCAAAUUUACAACCCAUUUUUCAUAUUAUAAUAAUCGUCACAAAGGUUUUGUGUAAGGCAGGCCACUACGACACAGCCACUAGCUUAUUAGAAAACAUUGAGAGUAAAGUUAAAGCGCUUCCUGAUUGCCCAUCUGCAGCGUUGGUGCUUGGUAGACUGGCGGUAAAGAUCCAUGUUUCAAUGAAGGAGUCUCGUGAGUUUGGGCAGUAUUUAACAGAGUGUGCCCGUGCCCUGAGGUCCCUAGAGGUGAUUGGGGGUACUGAAGCUAACGCGGUGCUGGAGGCGUGUGGGCUGGUGGUGUGGGCCGUAGAGAACAGCCACACCACAGCUCUGAGCGGGACUCUGCUCCUCUCCUGGUUCUCUUUUCUGGAGGAACAUCAGGAGUGUAUAUCCAAAGUGCUCAAGAAGAACUCAAAUUGCCAAACUGAAAACAACAAACUUCAGCAGAUCCUUUGCUUCAGUAUUUACCAAGGCUUUGUGUUUGCCUAUGAGAGCAUGCAGGCUUCACAGCUGGAGGACAGUGCCAUACUGGACAGAGUGCUCCUGUUCUGCCAGGCCUCGGCUGCUCAGAUCAUGGGAGAAUUACAGAAACUGGACAAUGAAAACCUGUGCAUCAAAGCUGUGGUGGCUGUGAGUAAUUUGGCCUGUGGACUGUAUAACAGGCGUCUGUAUGAUCAGGCCUUUGUGCUCCUGGAGAUCCUGUGUAAAGACCUGAGCAGAAACACUCCCUCCUCACUGUCUGCUGACCGGUUGAGUCGUCCGUUCAUGCUCGCGGUGCAGGCUUCUCGACGCUCUGGUCACCUGGAGCGAGCGUUGGACUGGGUCAUUCUGUGGCUGAAGGCUCUUGGAGACAAAAUCACAGGUCACAUGUCUGAACCUGUGGCAUUGUGGGUAAAAACAAAGAUGGACGCUGCCAGAAACUCUGACGAAGACCUCAGAUUGAGAACCUUGCGUGAUGGUUUCGGUUCAGAUGUCCCAGAGGAGGGGGUAAUGUUGGCCCUGCUGGAGGAGGAGCUGCGGGCGUACAGAGACUCCCCAGGGGACACAGCUCAGGAGCGGUACAACACUCUCUGUGACCUCCUGGAUAUCUGCCACGAGGACAGUCCCCACACACACCUCCGAGCCGUCUACCUCUGCUACAUGGCCCAGGUUGUCUGCUUCCAGGACUUCAGUGAACAGACUGACUGCUCUGCAGUCGAUUUUACCCAUGAGGCUUUGCGGCUUCUGGAAGCAGAACUGAGAACUCCAGAGAACUCGGACAAACUGACGGACGACACGGCCCAUACUCUGUUAUGGCUUUAUAUCUGCAGCCUGGAGAAAAACCUGCAGGAUGCUAUUGCGGAAGACAGGAAGCGGCAGCAGCUGAGAGACCAAACCCAGUGUGAGACCAACCCGACCUGGACCAAUGACUUUGAAUAUGAAGACAAACAGAAGAACCAGGAGAGCGUCACUGUGUACGAGGGCCUGCACUUCAGCCUCCAUGCACAGAACAAGCAGAGCCAACCUUUGGAGCGAGCUUUAGCUGACUGGACGGCACUUCUGAAAAAUGAGGCUCUUCCGUCCGUGAGGAGCCCAAAGCAAACCUGCACCUCCAUGUCUGUGAUGGCUGCUCUCUUCAGACUCAUGGGGAAGCCUUUAAAAGCAGUGGAAACUUAUCAACUGGCCAUUCAACUCGCCCAGAAGCUCGGAGAAGCUCAAUACUGUGCCGCGUACCUUUGUCAAUCGGCCAGUCUCCUCCUGGACUUGGGGACCCCUGAACUGGCUCUGACUCAAAUUGAAAAAGCGGAGAAGUGUCUUGCUUCAGAAAGCUCCUCUGAAGGCCCCUCUUCAGUCUCUGUGCUGGUCACUCUGUUGAAAGCUCAGUACUGCUACAGCUCAGGACAGAUCUCGCAGGGAGUCCCUUUUCUGUGUGAGGUUCUGAAAGAGGCCAGUGAUCAGAGACAGUCUAAGAGCUGGUAUCUGCUCCGGGCUCGCGCUCUCCAAACGCUCGGCUCAUAUCUGUGCUUAGACACAAAGACUCUCCCACAGGCCCAGAGGAGCCUCAUACAACAGCACGGCUUCAUCAGCCCCGACACAGCAGUGUAUGAAAGUCUGAAGCUCUUUUGCAGCCUCCUGGUCACUGUGGUCGGAAAAGGUCUUUAUGGGAACAGUGGUGGAAGCUCCGAGGUGCGCUUCAUCGACCAGGGGGAGAAUCUGUGCUUAAAGUGGCAGUUGCUGUGUGACCUGCUGUGCUGCUCGGUUCAGAUGGUUUCUGUUCGGAGACAUGCUGGAGCUGUGAACGACGCUCGACUGCAGUGUCUUGAGGCGCUCAAACUGGCCAUCAAACUGCAGGCACUCAGCCAGUGUGCUGAGCUGCUGGUGUUGAAGGCUGAGCUGGAGCUGAUGCAGGGAGAGAAAGAGGAGAGUGGACUCGACCUGAACAAAGUCAGAGAUCUGCUCGAACUCUGCACUGAUGUUUCAAAUAAACAGCAAAAGUCAGAGAUGAAACUCAAACCCAGAAAAGGCCGUUUAGCUCAGAAGCCCGACUCCCCUUUCCCCGCUACUGAGGACGACCUGGCGGACAUCUUGAGCACCCGCUGGAUCACCAGAGAGCCUGUCCUGACUGACCCAACCAGCUCCCCUCCCCUUAAAUCUCUGCCCCGCCGUUGGCUCUCCGCUUUGUCUCAUAAGAUAGACUGUAGCUGCUCAGUCUGCCUUGAACCUUGCCUGGGUAGAGUUACUGUUCGCUGGGCUGCUACACGUGCCGAUUUAGACCUCCUGCUAGACUCAGAUCAAGCUAAAACCGGACUAAAGCUGCACUGGGCUGCACUAGCUCGCUCCAAGAAUAUAUCAACCAAACUUGGGGCAAAAUUAGCUAAGAUAUUUGCUGAAAAAUCCAAUGCAAAACCGUUAUUUUUGCAGGAUGUGAUGGCACGAAUAUAUCUUCGCAUUGCCUUAUGUGGGCUUGACCCGAGAAUGAGUAAAGUUUGCAAUGCGUGGAAAGGCGUAGAAGCUGGUUUAGCGUUUCUGGAUUCGACACCUAACCCAGUAGUCCAGCCAACCAAAGCAGCGUUAAUGGCGACUAAAGCAAUUCUGUCACUGGUUACAAUAGCGUCCACUAAGGGUUGUCUACCAGAAGAGCUAUUUUCACAUAUUUGGGAGUGGAAACUACCAAAAGAGAUCACAGAGAUUAAAACGGAGCAUAAAAUUGUUCCUCCGACACCUCUGGCAAAGAAAGACUCCACAGCUAACACAAAAGACAGUGUUAAAAAUGAAACAUCAGACAAAACAAAAGAGUUGAAGAAACCUAAAACUGUCAAAACAAGAAUUGACAGUUCAAGUUCUUCGUCCAAGGGGAGAAAUAUUGUUCCCAUGACGCCAGUGAUCCCAAAGUCAAAAUCCACAUUCGGAGAGCUGAGCGUGUUUGAUUUCAACACGGCUGUACCCACUCUGGCCUGCACCCCGGUGCAUAAGUUCAAACCUCCGGCCUCAGCGCAGAAAGCCCCCAAAACAGCCUCAAAGUUCCAAGUUUAUGAAGAACUGUCCCCAGAGCCGGAGCCAGCCCACCCUGUCCCCGCUGCUCCAAGACGGACAAGGAGACUGAGGUUUAAGGUUGACUUCAGUGAUGAGAGUGACUCUGAGAUCAAUCCACAAUCGACCAAGAAAGAAGCCACAAAAACCCGCUCCACCCGAAAAUCUGUCCAGAGCAGCAAAACUUCCUCUACACCUGCCACGCCUGCUGCACCUGUCACCUCUGCCAUCGAAAAGACCCCAACCGCCAAAAGGCCCGGGCGCAAGAAGACCACCGUCAGCAUCCAGAUGACUUCAUCUGAGGAUGAGGAGCCGGCGCGGAGAGGAAGGUCAAAGAGGCCGACCAGAGGAGCCAAGACGGAGGGAGAGGAGGAGGAGCCGGACAAAAUGAGAACCAUCGAUGAGGAGACUGUGGAGGUGCUGGACAUGAGCAUCGAAGAACUGAGAGCGUCUGAUACAGAGACAGAGGAGGGGGCGGAGACGGCCAUGGACACAGACUUUGAGGUUCUGAGACGAGACAUGGCCUUUGGUUUGAGAAAAGGUGACGUGUUUGAGCUGAAGAACAGGGGCCACCCAGCAGAGGGCACACAAACCCAGCUGCCCCAAGACAACUUCAAACCAGACAAUCUGUCCCUGUGUGAGGUGCAGUCCCUGCUGUCGUCGGCCUGGUUGAUCCUGCAGCACUGUCCCUCUCCAAACAUCUACUCCUCUGUCUGUGCUCUUCUGGCUCUGGCCACAGGACAGAAUGACCCUCUCACUACUGCCCUGCUCCACAUUGAGGCUCUGGGCAUCUCCAGCCGACACCGCACUAUCCGGCAUCUGGCCAACUCUCUCAAGAAGCUAAAAAAGAGUUCAAACGAGCUUCAGGACAGGAUGCAGUCCCUGAGUUUAGAUGAGCCUGGUCCAGAUGAGCCCAGGGCCUCUGCAGCUCACAGACUCACACAGCUUCAGAGGGUCUUUUCUUUCCCCAACGCAGACGCCUCCCAUUUCCCAAAGAGCCACUGUCAACAGCUCAUGCAGCAAAUUCAGCAUCUUCCUCCAGGAGUCGUGGUGUGCGUUCUGUCCGUGGUGGGGCUGAGGCCGGGGCAGAUGGGAGACUCUCUUCUUGUGUCUCGACUUGAAAAGGACCGUGCUCCUGUCACUGUGCACAUCCCCAGCUCCAGACAGAAGCGUCCGUUGAGCUGGCUCGUGCAGGAGAUCGACAGUAUCCAGGUGGAGCAGAAGGUGGUGAGUUCUGUGGCUGAUAAAGCCAAAUGGUGGGAAGGACGCCGAGCCCUGGACACAAGAGUCGAGGAGCUGCUGAGAGAGAUGGAAGCGAUCCUGUCCUGUUGGAAGAGUCUUUUGUUUCCUCUGUCCUCAGACUCAGAGCUUCAGACUCAAGUCCAGAGACUCUACACGGCUCUGUUUGCCAAGGGAAUCCAUCUCAGCAUGGACAUGUUAAAAGCCGUGCUCUCGGCUGCUCCUGUUCUGUCUGAAGAGGACCUGAGGACUUUUGCGUUUGGUGUUUGUCCACAGUGGGACUCAGACUGUGAGCAGCUCCUCCAGAACGCACUGUCUCAACUGUCAGAGCGAGAAGAACCCAGAGGACAUGUGGUUCUUAUUCUAGACAAGUACCUGCAGAAGUUGCCCUGGGAGUCCAUCUCUGUCCUGAGGUCUCAGUCCGUAAGCCGGAUGCCCUCCCUGCACUCUCUGAUCGGACUGUGCAUCGACAAAGAGAUCCUCCCGCAGUCCGUUUUGAAGCACGGCGUCGACACAAAGAAAGUGUUUUAUGUCCUGGACCCAGAUGGAAAUUUGGAAAACUCAAAGGAGAGAUUUAAAGAGUGCUUCAGCAGUAAAUCGCACUGGGAGGGUGUGUGUGGACAGGCUCCUGAUUCUGCUAAACUGAUGGAGGCAGUUUCAUCCAAGGAUCUCUAUAUUUACGUGGGUCAUGGUGCAGGCGCGCGCUUCUUGGACAGUCAGGCUGUUCUGAAGCAGCAGAUGAGAGCGGCGUCUCUGCUCUUCGGCUGCUCCAGCGCCGCUCUGGCUGUGAGAGGAGAACAGGAGGGGCAGGGCAUCCUCCUCUACUACCUCAUCGCAGGAUGCCCCUUUGUUUUGGGAAACCUGUGGGACGUGACAGAUCGAGACAUAGACCGGUUCACCAAGGCCCUCCUGGAGUCCUGGUUGAGUUCUGGAUCUGGGGCCCCGAUACUGGACUUUAUGGGUCCGGCUCGACAGGCCACUCUCCUCAAACACCUGAUCGGCGCCGCCCCGGUGGUCUACGGACUUCCCAUCCACCUGCUUUGAAAGAAAACAAAUGGGUUGUGUUCAUGAGACAUCACAAUAUUCUUAAAUGCCACUCGUUUAACAUUAAACUGGAGGACAGCUCAGAUUCUUUGGUGGAGUUUGCUGUGUAACUGUCAGAUUGCAGAUUUGUUGACCUGGUUUAUGGUUCAUAUCUCUGGAAUUACUGGGCUUAUCCAUAUCCAAACAAAAACUGGCACGAAGUUCAACGACUUUUGUCAGCAUAUAUAAAUUAUAGUGAAAUCAUCUGUUCAUAAUAGCUUAAAAAAGUGAUACAGUCAGUGCCAAUUAUGACUGUUGUUACUUGAAUAGACUUAAACUAAGUUAGAAAUAUUUGGCAAGUUUGUAGAGAAAUAAAUGAGGAAGAUUUUCUAUUUUCUUGGAUCUUAAGUUAUACAGGCCCCUACCUUCCAUUUGAAUUUCAGUCGUGAACACAGCCUAGAGCAAGGGUAUAAAUGAAGCGGCACAUUUCUCAACUAAUGUAAAUUAUAUAUGCAUUUUACAUUUUUGCUUAAAUUGCAAAAUGGUCUAAAUAUUUUAAAUGAUGUUUUUAUUUUGCAGUGUAAAUGAACUGAUUUAUUUUUAAUACAAGAUUUUAUGUGUUUUUAUGAUGGUCUGUCUAUUAAACUUUUAAUAAAUGUC